AUGGAUGCCCUCUCCGGAGUGGCAAGUGUUAUUGCUGUGAUUCAGUUGGCUGGAAGCAUUAUUACGGUCUGCGGAGGAUAUGUCAACAAAGCAAAGCAUGCAAAAGAAGAAAUUCACCGCUUACAGCAGGAGUUGGGUGGCCUUGUUGAGGUGCUGAAAGUACUUCAUCAACUUCUUCACGGACCGAAUUGCACAAAGCUUAUGACCACCGAAGCCUUAUUAAAGUAUGUUCCGGAGUGCAACCUAGCCCUCAAAAGCCUGAAAGAGAAAUUAGAGCCAGACAAGACUCAAAAGCGAAUGAGCAGAUUGGGACUUCGGGCGUUGAAAUGGCCAUUAAAGCAGAGGGCAGUGGACGAUACUAUACGUGAUAUUGAACGGUACAAAACACUGAUCAAUCUGGCUCUAGAUAUUGAUCAACUGAAAGCUACUGACUUCCUUGCUGAGAAGCUUGAUCUGAGCCGAUUACGAAUUGCAACAGGGGCGGCCUAUAACUCCUACGAGAACCAGCAUAUAGAGUGUCUUCCAGGAACCAGAGUUGAUCUCCUGAAUGAAAUUGAGGAAUGGGCGCAGUGUGUAGACGGGAAAUGCAUAUUCUGGCUGAAUGGUAUGGCUGGAACAGGGAAAUCAACAAUCUCUCGAACAGUCGCAAGUCGAUUGAAAGCCAAAGGCUCACUUGGUGCAACGUUCUUCUUCAGGAGGGGUGAAUCUGACCGAGUAAAUGCAAAAUGCUUGUUUCCAACGUUAAUCAGCCAAUUGAUCCAGGUGUUCCCUCAGCUGAUUCCUUCUGUUCGAAAGGCCGUCGAGGAUGACCCUGAUAUCUCAGAGAAAGUGCUCCGAGAACAGUUUGAGAAACUGAUUCUUGAGCCGCUUGUCGCACUGAACAAGGUACAGACUGUCCCACUGGUAGUCAUAAUUGACGCCUUGGAUGAAUGUGACAAAGAAAAUGAUAUCGAAGCUCUUCUCCAGAUUCUACCUCAAGUGCAACGGGCAGCUUCCCUCCAACUGAGAUUCCUUCUUACUAGCAGACCAGAGUGGAUUAUUAGGCUGGGAUUUAAAAGAAUUGGCAAUGAUCAUCAGCAUCUAAUUCUUCAUGAACUUUCUCGGUCGGCAAUUGAUUACGAUAUCGCAUUAUAUAUUCAUGAUCGGUUUCUCAAGAUCAAAGAGGAGCGAGGACUUCCCUUAGAGUGGCCUGGAGACAAAGCAAUCGAAGAACUCGUGAAAAGAGCCGUACCAUUGUUCAUCUCAGCUGCAACUCUGUGUCGAUUCAUUGGCGAUAAAACGCAGAAUCCACAGAAGCGUCUCUACCUCAUUCUCGCAGACCAAAAAAGGUAUAUCUCAGAGAUGGAUAAAACCUAUUCACCAAUACUGAACCACCUUCUUGAUGGCGAAGAUGACGAAGAUGUUCAAAGAUUUAGGAAGAUUGUUGGCGUGAUCAUUCUUCUUGCUACACCACUCUCUGCCAACGCCCUUUCUCAAUUUCUGGAGUUGGAUAUAGGUGAUGUGAACGGUUUGCUUGGUCAACUUCAUUCGGUUCUAGAUGUUCCAGAUAAUUUGGAUUCAUCGGUCCAGCUUCUCCACCUUUCAUUUCGGGAUUUUCUUCUUGACUAUAAGAAGCAACGCAAUCCAUUCUGGAUAGAUGAAGAGGAAACACACACAAUAAUCGCCAUUCAAAGUCUCCGGAUAAUGCGAUAUAAUUUGAAAAAAAAUAUCUGCAGGCUUUCAACGGAAGGAGUUUGGGUAAAUGAGAUCAGCCAACAAUCAAUGGAUCAGUACCUAAAGCCUGAACUAAGAUACUCUUGUCGCUAUUGGACCCAGCACUUGACCAAGAUUCAAAACCAACAGCCGAUCUUAAAUGAUAUCUUCAGCUUUCUACAGGAGCACCUUCUUCACUGGCUAGAAGUCAUGAGUCUUUUGAAAGUUUAUUCAGAGGCUGUGGAGGCAAUCAAUAGGCUACAGACAAUUGCACAAGGCCAAAGAAAUUGCGAGGAACUAUCAAGAUUUCUUCAAGAUGCAAGAAAGUUCAUUUUUAUGACCCGGCAGCUCAUCGAUUUCGCACCCCUACAGCUUUACUGCUCAGGGCUUGUAUUUUCUCCGAAACAAUCAAUAAUAAGGCAACAGUUCAGCAAUGAGCUGCCUAGUUGGAUGAUGAGCUUACCGAAGGUAGAGGAGUCAUGGAGCGCAGAGUUGCAGACACUGGAGAGUCACUCGGGUUCCGUCAACUCGGUAGCUUUCUCUCCGAAUGGACAGUUAAUAGCCUCCGCGUCUACUGAUCGGACAGUCAAGCUCUGGGAGAUAACAACUGGUACUUUGCUACAGACACUGAAAGGACACACUCUUUCAGUGAACUCAGUGGCCUUCUCUCCAAAUGGGCGAUUGAUAGCCUCCGCAUCUUGGGAUGACAAAGUGAAACUUUGGGAGGUCACCACUGGUGCUCUGCAACGGACAUUCAGAGGACAUUCGGACUCGGUUAACUCAGCAGUAUUCUCCCCAGAUGGCCGAUUGAUUGUAUCCGCAUCUACUGAUUGGACAAUUAAGUUAUGGAAGAUAAAUGGAGGUCUACUUCGAACCUUCCAAGGCCAUUCUGGUGCAGUCUACUCGGUGGCGUUCUCUGUGAAUGGGCAAUUAUUAGCUUCCGGAUCUAAAGAUCAGACGGUGUUAAUAUGGAAUCCAGUCAAUGGUGCGAUUUUACAUAAACUAGAAGGUCAUUCUGAAUUGAUUGAUUCAGUGGUCUUCUCCCCAGAUGGGGGACUACUAGCCUCUGCCUCUUACGACAAGAAAAUCAAACUUUGGGAGAUAUCUACAGGCUCCUUGCAUCGGACACUUAAAGGCUAUCAUAAAAUUGUCACCUCAGUGGCCUUUUCUCCCGACGGACAAUUACUAGCUUCGGCAUCUAGUGAUCAAACUGUCAAAUUAUGGGAAACAGCUACAGGUGCCCUACGGCAUACAUUCGAAGGCCAUUCUAAGUUGGUUGGUUCGGUGGUCUUCUCUCCGGAUGGAUUAUUACUAGCUUCGGCUUCUAAUGACCGCACAGUCAAGUUAUGGGAGAUAGAGAGCACUUUUACCUACCAGAAACCAGACGGUCACUCUGACUUUAUCAACUUAGUUGUUGUCUCUCCAGAUGGGCGACUUGUGGCUUCUGCGUCCAACGAUCAUACAAUUAAGAUCUGGGAAACAGCAUCUGGCGCUCUCCAGCAGACACUCAAGAGUGGUUCUAAAUUAAUAACCUCUCUGGCUUUCUCCCCGGAUGGGCAGCUUAUAGCCUCAACUACUUCUAUGGAAGUCAACGUUUGGAAGACCGCUACUGGUACCCUGCAGAAGACACUCGGGAAUUACAUUAACUCUGUUGAUUUGGUAGCCUUCUCCCCAGAUGGAGAAUCCUUAGGUUUGAUGUCUAAAUGGAAGGGAGAGGUUGGUAUCAAUAUGAUCAAACUCUGGGAGACAAAAACUUUCACCCUCCAGCAUGCAUUUGAACGCAAUUCUGAAGACACAGAAGUCCCAGCGGUCUUCCAUUCCGUAUUCCAUGAGGAAAAUAUGAAUUCUUCGCAGUUUCAGUCUGAAUCUGGAGUGCAAAUAUCAGCUAACGAAUGGGUGAAUCUUUUUGGAGUGAGGCGCCUUUGGCUUCCUCCUAAUUAUCGUCCAACUUGCUCGGCAAUAAGGGGAAAUACAGUGGCUUUAGGGCAUGCCUCUGGUAGGAUAUCGUUUCUUGCAUUUCGCGAUCCAAUUGUGUUUUAG